AUGCCCGGGGAUGCCACAGUGGGCCUAGAUGCCUUCCCUGAGAACCCUGGGGGCGAUUUAGAGCGAGACUAAGGCGAAGAACAGGUGUUUAUAUCUCUUUGACAGGUGUUCCUGUUGAAUAUCUAUGACUAAUCGCUGUCCCUUGAGAUCCUGCAGAAGCUCCUUAUUAAGGGAUUUCUGGAGGAUUUCAGGAGGAAAGGAAUUUCCGAGACGUCAGGGAGUGAGAGGAGGCGGCGAGAGGGGACUUCAGGAAUAGGAAAAUUAGGAACGAGAAGGAAUCCCAGGUAGAAGAGGAGGCUGAGGUCCUGCCCUUAAGUGCCCGGCAGGGUAUGUGAGGGAGGCGCCCUGGCUGCCCUCCUGCCCUGGCUCUCUUGCCCGGAUUUUUACCCCUGUUUCCUUGUUGCCUCUGUCUCUGUCUCAAGGGGAGGACUCAUUCUUGGAAAACAGUUGAGGGUAUUUACAAGUGGAGACUGUCCUGCACUCAGUGCCUGGCAGUGCUUGCGAGUGGAGUAUCCGUCUGUUGCUUGCCCUUUAUUCUCAUCAUUAUUCGCUCCUGUCCUGAUGUGUCUUCUCAUAUUUGGUCAGGGUAGGGUCGCAAUGUCUUGGAGGUGGAGAGAGCGACAGCGUUUUGUGUCCAAGCCUUUGAAUGUGCGUCACUGGGGACAAGUGCGGUUCACGCUUUCAGUUUGUCAGUGAUUAUGAAUUUCUUUUUUCAUUCUAUUCUUGGCAAGCGGGUGAAAUUUAAGCUUCAUAGUGGGGAUUGAGAAGCGAAAUAGAAACUUGUCUUGGAAAGGGCACGUCUUGUGAAUGUUGGAGGUAGCUAUCCAGAAUAGGCCCAUGCAGAGACCAGGAAAAUCCAUAUAAAUGUCAUAAAGAAUACAUAUGACAUUAUUUUUAAUUAAUGAAGAUAACCAGCACAGAGCAAAGAAAUGGAGUCAAUCAGUGACACAGACCGUCUGCAGCGCCUCCAGGAUCUGGAGGGGCAGCUGCGGGACCCCCGGGGUGUCAUGAAUGUUGACUCUCUCCUGGACUCGAUGCAGGCGAUGGUCGCAGACUUAGAUCAUCAAGCCAUCAAGAGAAAUAAAAAUGUGGAAGCCUUUCUCAAUAGAUAUCGGGAGGCUGUGCUGGAUGUGGAGAUACUUCGAAUGCGUGCUGAUGACUUCCUUAAUAUCAAAGUCAUUGGCAGAGGGGCAUUUGGAGAAGUACAACUAGUUAGACAUAAAUUUACAAAGCAGAUCUAUGCAAUGAAAUUACUGAGUAAAAUUGAGAUGAUCAAAAGGUCUGAUUCUGCCUUUUUCUGGGAAGAACGAGACAUUAUGGCUCAUGCAAACUCAGAAUGGAUUGUUCAGCUGCACUUUGCCUUCCAAGAUUCAAAAUUUCUUUACAUGGUCAUGGACUAUAUGCCAGGUGGUGACUUAGUGAACCUGAUGUCCAACUAUGAUGUACCAGAGAAAUGGGCCAAGUUCUAUUGCGCAGAAGUGGUCCUAGCACUGGAUGCAAUCCAUUCCAUGGGAUUUGUUCACAGAGAUGUAAAGCCAGAUAACAUGCUCUUGGAUGGUAGUGGUCACCUCAAACUGGCAGACUUUGGGACUUGUAUGAAGAUGGAUAAGGACGGACUUGUAAGAUCAGACACAGCUGUAGGAACGCCAGAUUAUAUAUCUCCCGAAGUCCUCAAGUCGCAGGGUGGGGAAGGGGUCUAUGGGAGAGAGUGUGAUUGGUGGUCUGUCGGUGUCUUCCUCUAUGAAAUGCUAGUGGGUGACACACCCUUCUAUGCAGAUUCCUUGGUUGGCACCUAUGGCAAAAUCAUGGAUCACAAAAAUUCACUUAAGUUUCCUGAUGAUAUUGAAAUUUCCAUAGAUGCCAAGACUUUGAUCUGUGGUUUCUUGUCUGAUAGAUUAACAAGAUUAGGUAGAAAUGGUAUUGAAGAAAUAAAAUGUCUUCGAUUCUUUAUCAAUGAUCAAUGGACAUUUGACACAAUUAGAGAAUGUGUACCUCCUGUUGUGCCUGACCUCGCAAGUGAUGAUGACACAAGCAAUUUUGAUGAAGUGGAGAAUGAGGACACGCCUGAAGAAAACUUUGGAACCCCUAAGGCCUUUGUCGGGAACCAUCUUCCAUUUGUGGGGUUCACUUACUCCCGGGAUUACCAACUACUCACUUCUACAGACAAGACUGAUGGCAAAAGAAAUUUGGCAAGUGAUGGUAUGGAUAGCAGUAAUGAGAUUGCUGUGCUGACAGCUGAAUUGGAACACCAGAGAAAUCAGGUAGAAGAACUAGACUCCAAGUACAGGGUGACCCUAAACCAGCUGGAUUCACUCAUACAAAAGGAGCAGGAGAGACUACAGGAGAAGAGAGAUCUAGAGCGAAAGUUGGCUUUAUUACAACAUGACCUCAAAGAAGCCCAGAGAAAGGGGGAGUAUGAGGGUGAGGGGAGACGGAAGUUGGAUGCCCUAUAUCAGGAGGUUAAGAAAAAGCUCGAAGAUGAACAAAACAAACGCACUAGGGACCUGAACUCUGCGCAACAUGUCAGUGACAAGCUGAACUCUCUUGAAAAGCAGAUAAAAGAAGUUCAGGACAAACUGAAGGUUGAAACAGAUAAUAACACAAGAUUGCGUAAACAAAAUGCAGAGCUAAGUGUCAUGAACCAGCAGAAGGAAACGUCCAUUUCUGAUCUCUCGGAUAAGAUAUCCAGUGUCCAGACCAUCCGUGAUGUGUUAGAGCGCGAUAUAGCAAACCUUGGAGCACAGUUGGAGCAGGAGCGUGGGCAGAGGAACCACCAGGCAGAGCUGAUCUCGCAAGCUGAUGGCAAAAUUCAAAGUCUACAAGCGAAGCUUGAAAAUGCAUCUGAACGUGAGCAGGUUGCUCGCAAGGAAGCAGAAAAGGUUUCUGAACGUCUUGUACAGUUAGAGAAAGAUAGAACAUCUCUGGAGUUGGAAUUGAGAGGAAUGACAAGCAGAUAUGAGCAAGAAGCGCGAGCUUUGCGCGAAGCUAAUGCUGCCCCUACACACAACCACCAAUCUAGUGCUCAGGCUCUAGCAGCUUUGCAGGAACGGCUCAAUUUGGAGAAGCAGAAACGCCAGCAAGCAGAGGCAUCUAGUCAGGAGAAGGAACGUCAAAACUCUAUGUUGAGCGUUGACUACCGGCAGCUCCAGCAACAGCUACACAAGCUUGAAGGGGAGCACAGGAAGGAGUGCGAGAAGGUCAAAGCUCUUCAGAACCAGAUGGAGACAGAAAGUGAAAAGAGAACGGCUAUUGUUACCGACCUCCAAACUCAGUCAUCAGAAGUAUCCAUGUUGCGCACAAGAGAAAAGCAGUUGGUGCGUGACCUUGAAGAGAUGAAGGAAGCGCGGUCUAGUCUAGAAGAGGAGCUGCACAAACUUAAAACCCAAAAAUCGGUUGACGAUGUGCAGAUGAGAGAACUGCAAGACACCCUUGAGGCUGAGCAGUACUUCUCAACAUUGUACAAGACUCAGGUACGCGAGUUGCGUGAGGAGCUGGAAGAGAAGGGCCGGCAAAUCCUUGAACUGGAAGAAGAACGUACAAGUCUAACACAGCAGUUACAACUUACAGUAGCCAGAGCAGAUUCCGAGGCUUUGGCACGUUCCAUCGCUGAGGAGACUGUUGCAGAUCUUGAAAAGGAGAAAACUGUUAAGGAGCUGGAGAUUAAUGACCUCAUAUCCAGACAUACUGUUGAUAUGAAUAACAAAGAGACUGCCUUCAAUGCUGUCAAGGAGAGAGAGGAAGAGCUUACAAAGUCUGUGGAAGCACUUAAGAAGGAGAAGGAAGCCCUUAAUUCUCAGAUCCAAAGCCUUGAGGAAGCCAAGAAAACUGCAGAUAAUGAUCGUAAAAAUGAACAAGACAAACUUAGUAAACAGUUGAAGCAGGAACAGCUCCUCAAGAUGCAAGCAGUCAAUAAGUUAGCAGAAAUAAUGGCUCGCAAGGAGAACCUUCCAGCGAAUCGUAAACCCAAGGCUGCUGCCAUUGACCUCAGAAAGAAGGAGAAAGAAUGCCGUAAAUUGCAGCAGGAACUCACCAUGGAAAGAGACAAAUUCUCCCAGAUGGUUUCCAAACACCAAAAGGAAAUACAAGACCUCCAGGCACUGCUUUCUGAGGAGAGUCAAGCAAAAAUGAGACUACAGAUGGAAGCAGAUGCCAAGGAUUCGGAGAUAGAAUCCCUGACGUGCAAGCUGGCCAACGUCAAUAGUGAGACAGCAUCACUCAGUAGUGGUGCAGAUAAUGAUCUAGAUGAGAUGGACAACCGGCUGGAGGGCUGGCUCUCAGUGCCUAACAAACAGAAUAUCAAACGUCAUGGAUGGCGGAGACAGUACGUGGUCGUCUCAUCCAGAAAGAUCAUCUUCUAUAAUUCAGAGAAUGAUAAGCAAAACUCAGAUCCUAUAUUAAUCCUAGACCUUACGAAACUCUUCCACGUUCGUUCGGUCACACAAGGGGAUGUUAUUCGAGCAGAUGCAAGAGAUAUUCCCAGAAUAUUUCAGCUUCUGUAUGCUGGAGAGGGAGAGAGCCGUAAGCCUGGGGAGAACCCAGGUCCGUUGGCUCCGUAUGACAGUGCAGGCCCUGAUAAAGCAGGGACUCUAGUCCAUAAGGGUCACGAGUUCCUGGCCAUUAGCUUCCACAUGCCUACAAAUUGUGAGGUGUGUCAGCGGCAUUUAUGGCACAUGUUCAAGCCACCUCCAGCACUGGAGUGCAGACGGUGUAGAAUGAAAAUUCACAGGGAUCACCUAGAACGGAAGGAGGAAUUAGUUGCGCCAUGUAAAGUCAACUAUGAUUUAAAUACUGCCAAGGAAAUGUUACUUUUGGCACCCACGGUAGAUGAGCAACAGAACUGGGUGUUGCGGUUGUCCAAAAAGAUUCAAAAGUCUGGGUACAAGGCUAACAAUGCUGGAGGUCCCGACGGUGCCAAAGUCUCCCCAAGAGAGUCCACCAGAUCAGCCUACCGUCCCUUCGUUGUACAGAAAUCUGCAACUUUGCCCCCCAACUCCAAUUUAAGCAGAAAAUAGUAAAUACUAGUUGCCAGUGUGUUUUGAUUUAGACAUGCAAGCCUAUAUGGUUUGGUUGAGAUUGCUUAACUAGUGAUAAUUUUCAAAAUCAAAGUGAUAAUAUGCAAUGUUUUCACUUAGAAAUUGACUUGAUGGAAAAAGUGACGCAAUCCCUCCAUGCACAUGAAAAAGGAAUUUGAUUGAACAAAAGAGUGAACAGUGAAUUGACAGUAGUCACUUAUAACACUAUUGAAUGGACUUGCAGUGUAGAGUGAUUACUCUUGGUUUGAGCAUAAUGUAGGCAAGUGCCUUAACUGCCCUAGUUAGUUGCAAUUACGGACUUUGUAUAAUCCCAAAAAUACUUUCAUUCAGGUGUAAGACCCAGUAGUGUGACAUGAGGAUAACAAUAAUUAUGAUAUUUUGCUGAAUCACUGAUGAAGUGGAAAGCUAAAAGAAUUUUUGGUACAAGAAAGCCUUAUUUUGUAUAUGUUUCUAAUAUUAUCUGUAACAAUUUUAUACGUAGGUAAGCUGUCCUCCACUCUUGUCCAUGCGUUUAGACUGUUGAAGAUAAGUGUUUCAGAAGCCAAACUUAAUAGUCAGAAAGAAAAGGACUUACUUGAAAUUUCUAGACCUCAUUUAAAUAUAAUUGUAAAUGAUA